CCGCCUUCCCUCCCGCUCUCGGGCGGAGCCGCGGCGAACAGGCGCCGCUCUACACCCGACUGCGAUCCGGAAGGGCUGUGGCGUGGCCCGGGCUCGGUGGGUCUUCCUCCAGCGGAGGUGGAUGCGCGCGGCCACGAUGAGCUGGGAGGUGCUGCUCUGGCUGCUGGCGCUGGGCGCGCUGCUCCUGCUCGUGGUGCAGCUGCUGCGCUUCCUGCGGGCCGACGGCGACCUGACCCUGCUGUGGGCCGAGUGGCAGGGGCGACGCCCAGAAUGGGAGCUGACUGAUAUGGUGGUGUGGGUAACUGGAGCAUCAAGUGGAAUUGGUGAGGAGCUGGCUUACCAGCUGUCUAAACUAGGAGUUUCUCUUGUGCUAUCGGCCAGACGAGUGGGUGAGCUGGAAAGGGUGAAAAGAAGAUGCCUUGAGAAUGGCAAUUUAAAAGGAAAAGAUAUACUGGUUUUGCCCCUGGACCUGACCGACAGAAAUUCCCAUGAAGUGGCUACCAAAGCUGUUCUCCAGGAGUUUGGUAAAAUUGAUAUUCUGGUCAACAAUGGUGGAAGAUCCCAGCGUUCUUUGUUUGUUGACACCAGCCUAGACAUCUACAAGGAGCUCAUAGAGCUUAACUACCUAGGGACGGUGUCCUUGACAAAGUGUGUUCUGCCUCACAUGAUUGAGAGGAAGCAAGGGAAGAUCGUUACGGUGAACAGCCUCAUGGGUAUUGUGUCUGCGCCCCUUGCCAGUGGCUAUUGUGGCAGCAAACAUGCUCUUCGGGGUUUUUUUAAUAGCCUCCGAACUGAACUUGCUGCAUACCCAGGUAUAACAAUUUCUAACAUUUGUCCAGGACCUGUGCAAUCAAAUAUUGUGAAGAAUGCCCUAACUGAAGAAGUCACAAAGUCCUUAGGCAAUGACAGAGACCAGUCCUACAAGAUGGCAACUAGUCGUUGUGUGCGACUGAUGUUAAUCAGCAUGGCCAAUGAUUUGAAAGAAGCUUGGAUUGCAGAUCAACCUUUUCUGUUAAUGAUAUAUUUGGGGCAAUAUAUGCCAGCCUUGACCUGGUGGCUAGCCAGCAAGUUAGGAAAGAAAAGGAUUGAGAACUUUAAGAAUGGUUUGGAUGCAGAUUCCUCUUAUUUUAAACCCUUGAAGACAAAACAUAACUGAAGGAACACUUGCAUUUUCAAGCUGCUAGUGGAAGAAUGGAAAAACAUGAAAACAGCAAUCUCUUAUGCACCGAAGAUGAAUCUGUGACUUUACUUUUUAAAAAAUAUAACUUUCCUUUUAACAUUGUAAUGAAUAAGAAAAUCAAAGAUUGCCAUGAAUCUUGCAUACAUUCUUGGAUAAAAGAAUUUUAAAAUAUUCUGGCAUAUAUGCUUAAAAUCUAGGUUAACAAAAUGCUAACCAAAGAUGUAUAGUAAUUAAUUUAACAUAAAUGCAUGGAAUAUUUUGCUCAAGGCAGAGUGCUGGUUAAUGAGCAGAUACAAAAAAGUUUCUGAAAUGAUCCUGGCCUCCAAAAUGCUUGCACUGUCUUAGAAAACUGAGUUAAUAGGUACACAAAUGACUAUAAUUGGAAAGAGCAGGUAGGACUCAUAGCAGCCAUCAUUUAUUAAAUACCUGUUAUAUGCCAUUUGUUGUACUGGGGUGCUUUGUAUGAAUUAAUUCAUUUAUUCCUUAUAAAAGCCCUAUAAGGUCUGUAGUAUUAUCUAAAUUUAUUGAUGAAGAAAGAGACACCCAAAGCAACUAGGUGUUACUUUCUCAAGGUCACAAAACUAGUAAGGGGUAAAACCAGGAUUAAAUUCAGCUCAGGAUUACUCUAUUGGCGA